AUGGCGGUGGAUACGAUGGGCUACGCGAAGAUGGAGGACCAGAUGGCGAUCCAGGAGGCGGCGACGGCGGGGAUCCACAACAUGGAGCGGCUCAUCUUCCAGCUCUCCGACCGGAGCAGGUCGCCGCCGGCGGACUGCCGGGAGAUCGCAGAGCUCACCGUCGCCAAGUUCAAGAAGGCCAUCUCUCUGAUGAACAGGACGGGCCAUGCCCGCUUCCGCAGGGGACCCGUUGCGGCCGCUGCCCCGGCGCCAUCGCCACCGGCGGCGCCGCCGCGGCCCAUCACGCUGGAUUUCACCAAGCCGAGCGCCGCCGCCGCCGCCGCUAGUCAGUUCAGCAAGGACAGCUUUAGCAUGUCGUCGGCGAACUCGUCUUUCAUGACCGGAGAGGCCAGCGUGUCCAACGGGACGCUGGGCCUGUCGCUCUUGGCCGCCGCCGCUCCCGCCGCCGCCGCCGCCGCCGCCGCCGCCGCGCCCACCGCUGCCGUCUCCGCCGGGAAGCCCCCCCUCUCCUCCUCCUACAAGAAGAAGUGCCAUGCCCACGGCGAUCUCUCGGGGAAGCACCUUCUCCCCGGCGCUCGCUGCCAUUGCUCCAAGAAAAGGUAACCAAACCCCUCUUCCUCCUCCAAGAACUACUCGCUCAUGGCGGCGAUUCGCCUCUGAAAUCCGAGGACUUAAGAGUUUGAUUUUCUCCCGAUUCAGGAAAUCUCGGGUGAAGAGGACGAUCAGAGUGCCGGCGGUGAGCUCCAAGCCGGCGGACAUCCCGGCAGACGAGUUCUCGUGGAGAAAAUACGGGCAGAAGCCGAUCAAAGGAUCCCCCUACCCACGGUGAGCCAUAGACAGAGGCUAUGGAUAUACGGGGUUUUCUCCGUCUGGGUCUUCGUCUUCUUCGUCUGAACAUGGGGAUUUCCUCCGAUUUGCAGAGGGUACUACAAGUGCAGCACACAGAGGGGCUGCCCAGCGAGAAAGCACGUGGAGAGAGCGACCGACGACCCCUCCAUGCUCAUCGUCACCUACGAAGGCGAGCACCGCCACCACGACCAGAGGCUCCCCGCCGCCGCCGCUGCCGCUGGUGGCUUCGUCUUCCCUUCUUCCUCGUAA